AUGGCGCCGAAGGAGAAAGCCCCUGCAAAGGGGUCCAAGGCGGCGAUUGAGAAGAAGGUCAAGAAGGCCCAGGCAGUCGCCAAGGCUUUGAGGAAGCCGGGGCGAACUGCAACAGCAAAGGCGCGCUACACUGUGCGCUUUCGCAGGCCGCGGACUCUGAAGAAGCCGCGGACGCCGAAGGCGCCGCGGCUGGCGCGUUUGUGGGCAGCAAACCCAAUUGCUGCGCUGCAGCGCAACGACAAGUACCGCGUGCUGCAGCAGCCGGUGACAACAGAAAGUGCCAUGAAGAAGAUAGAAGAAACAAACACUUUGGUCUUUUUGUGCGACCCGAGGGCCAGCAAAAGAAGGAUCAAAGAAGCAGUGAAGGAGACCUACGGAGUCGUGGCCCAGCGGGUCAACACGCUCAUCAGAGUUGCCAUUUCGGUCCCUGUCUUGCCAGUCGGCCUUCGGACAGCUGCUGCUGCUGUGCUGCUGCUGCUGUGCUGCUGCUGCUGCUGCUGCUGCUGCUGCAGUUCAUUUUUUUGA